GCCGCCUCGGUUCCCGCGACCUCAACGUCCCAGAGGCGGGGCCGCAGUCAUCUGAAACUCUACUUGGCUCCUACUUCUGCGUGCCCAACAAACGCACCCAACAACCAAACCCUAGCUUGGCGGCGGCCGUGACAAUAGCGACGGUGGACCUUCGUGCUCCUGGUUCCCCAAGGCGCCCUCCGGGCCCGGGAAGCACGGUACUGAGGAUUACAAGUUGAAUAAAUCAGUCACCAAAUAUAGAGCCUAUAGUUCCUCCAGCUUAUAUUCCCAGAUGAAUACCAGGUUUCCUUCAAGCAAGAUGGUACCUUUUCAUUUUCCCCCAUCAAAAUUGGCACUUUGGAACCCAAUGCCAAUUGGAGAGUGCAUCUACUUGCAUCUCAGUUACUAUAGAAAGCCAAAGCUUGUGGUAACUGAAAAGGCCAUCCGACUUGCUUAUCGUCACACUAAGCAGAAUAAAAAAAAUGUGCCAUGCUUCUUACUUGGUUCUCUCACAGUGGAUGAAGAUGAAGAAGGUGUGACAUUGACCAUAGAUCGCUUUGAUCCCGGUCGAGAAAUGCCUGAAAGCUUAGAAAGAACUCCUACUGCUUCUCUUCCUGGAGAUUUUUUGAUCCCCUGCAAAGUUCAUACUCAAGGACUUGGUUCAAGAGACUCAAUAGUUCAUAAUGCAGAUGACUUCAGUUCAGCUUUAAAGGCUUUACAAUACCAUGUGUGUAGCAAAGAUUUCUUGGACUGUGGAAAGCUGCUUUCCUUACGAGCCCAAAUCACCCCAAGGGAGAGUUUGGACGGUGUGGAUUUUAACUUGCAGUGGACAGCAGUAACUCUAGCAAAUUCUUUCAAGUGUGUGCCUGUGAAGCCUGUCCCCAUUAUUCCUACAGCACUGGCAAGAAACUUAAGUAGUAAUCUGAGUAUUUCUCAAGUUCAGGGAACCUAUAAACAUGGAUAUAUUACUAUGGAUGAAACACGCAAAUUGUUACUUUUGCUGCAAUCAGAUCCCAAGGUUUAUUCUCUGCCAUUAGUGGGAAUCUGGCUGUCUGGAGUUAUACAUAUCUAUAGCCCUCAGGUAUGGGCUUGCUGCUUGAGAUACAUGUUCAGUUCUUCUAUUCAGGAAAGGGUUUUUUCAGAAUCUGGAAACUUCAUCAUAGUUCUUUAUUCAUUGACACAUAAGGAACCUGAGUUUUAUGAGUGCCUUCCUUGUGACAGUAGGACGCCCGACCUUCAGUUUCAGUUAUUAACCAACAAGGACACUUUUCAUCUUUUCAAUAAUCUUGAACCUUCUGGCAAAAAUCCAAUCCAUUUCGAACUCAGUGCGGAGAGUCAAGAUGCUGAAGGGGAGGCAGAGUUUUUUAGCAAGAUUUCAAAGAAUCUUUCAGUUAAGAGAUCCUCCCAAAAAGUAUCUCCUGGGAAAAUACCAAUAAAUAAGCAUGGCACUAACCUUGAAGAUGAAGACUUUUCUCCAAGACCGACUCCCAGUCCUCACCCAGUGAGUCAGAAGAUUUCUAAGAUCCAGCCGUCUGUUCCUGAACUUUCAAUUGUGUUAGACAACAACUUCACAGAAUCAAGUAACCAGUCUAACCCUUUGGAAAUGAUGACUAUGGAGAAUCCUUUGUUGAUUAAGCCAUCGCAGCUUGAGCUUUGUGAUGCCAAACACAGCUCAGAAGCUAACCCUGGGGAGCCUUGCCUGUGGGGACUUCCAAAUCAGUUAAGCCGGGACACUGCUUUAAGACAGUGCAGAGGGAAGCAGUCAUCUACCUGUAAGAAAGAGAGCCUCCAGUUCAGAAACUGUGCUAAACCAUCUCUCAAUGUGCCAUCUCCUGAGGUAGCUGAGAAGCUUCAAGCAGUUUCUACUGGGAGCAUGCAAAAGGAAGACUACCCCGUGAGACCUUCUACUUUGGACUCCAGGCAGCCCUCUCUUGCUCCACAAACCCACCCACACAAUCUUGUUUUUUCACCCCAUAAUUCAGCAAGACCAAUGGAGCUUCAAGUACCCACUCCUUCAUUACCAUCCUACUAUCCCACAAGCGUCUGCAGCUGCUGCCAACAUCAUGGCCAUCUUCAGUAUAGUACGAUGAAUUCUUGGCAGGGAAAUACAGUGGGGUCUGUUCAAGACCUCCGAUCUGAAGCCCUUCCAAAACAUGCAUUCUUUCACUCAAGUGGAUGCCCAUCUCUGUGUGCUAACGCUAUCUACUCGUCAAGUAGCCCCGUUACCACGAAGCAAGGAGGCAUGGGUACCUAUUCUCCCCACAACAAUGGAGAACCGACACCUGUGGCAGGACCUUCACAUGUGGACUCGUGUGUGCCACAUCCCUGUGCCAUGUGCAUGCACACACCCAAUACAGCACCAGACAAUGGCAUGAUGGGACUGUCUCCUGAUGCAUAUCGCUUUGUCACAGAGCAAGACAGGCAGCUGAGACUACUUCAGGCACAGAUUCAGCGUUUAUUAGAAGCACAAUCUCUAGAUCCUGGCUCCCAUAAGACAGUAGCCACUGUGGAAGACACUGUGAAAGCGGCAAGACAAAUGGAGCAGGUUUCCAUGGAAGCACAGUCUUCACCAGGCUUGCACAUGAGAAAAAGUGUAAGCAUUGCCGUGAGCACAGGUGCUAGCUUGUUUUGGAAUGCAGCAGGUGAUGGUAAAGAGCCUGACUCACAGCUGAAGCAAGAUGACACCAAGAUUUCCAGUGAAGACAUGAACUUUUCUGUAGAUAUUAAUAAUGAACCGACAAGUCUUCCAGGUAGCUCAUCUUCUUUAAAAGCAGUUGACAUUCCUAGUUUUGAAGAAAGCAAUCUUGCUGUGGAAGAGUUUAAUCAGCCACUUCCUGAAUCCAACUCUUCAGAGCAGAGAAAAGAACCUGAUGUUCCUGUGUUCUUCCCCAAUGCUUUGCUGGCUGAAAGUGUAAGCAUGUGCUUACAGACUGCGCCAACAGAGGGAGCCAGUAACAGCACUGAAUCACCACAGAGAACAAAAGUUGAGCCUCAGGAGCCAUCAGAUAACCAGAAAAUUUACCAGGACUUGUUGGGUCAAGUGAGCCACCUACUAAGUAACUCCUCCCAAGAAACAGAUCAACCACCUACGAAAGCAGUUGUUAUCAACCACGAAUGCACCAAAACCCAAAAUACUCACCAUGCAAAGAAAAAAAGACACAAUUCAGGACUGGUGGACAGAGACUGUGUACUCAGUGCAACUAUUAAACAGCUAAGGAACCUAGGAGUGAAAAUUGACUCUCCCACCAAAGUGAAGAAAAAUGCACAGAAAGUGGAUCAUGCCAGUGUUUUGGCAUGCAUCAGCCCAGAAGCCGUGAUCUCUGGAUUAAACUACAUGUCGUUUGGUAAUGUUGGCAUGAGCAGCUUAAGUCCCACUGGUGCCGAUCUGAGCAUGGAGGCCAAUGCCAUUGCUCUGAAGUACUUAAGUGAAAAUCAGCUGUCACAACUGUCUCUUGCUCGAUCAAACCAGAAUAACUGUGACUCAUCUUUCGGCCUUCUACAUAUUAAUUCAGACAGAAGCACAGUGGGGCUUAGCUUAGUUUCACCAAGCAACAUGUCAUUUGCAACCAAAAAAUACAUGAAGAGGUAUGGACUCUUACAAAGCAGUGACAACAGCGAGGAUGAAGAGGAGCCUCCCAGCCAUGCAGACAGUGAGAGUGACCACGGGUUGAGCAGAGACCCAGCGUGCAGACCUGCGCAGUGUGCUCAUGAGAAAGAGCCUUCUCGGAGUGCCCGUGAAACAGCUCAGUGCUCUGACUGUGGCUCUGAGGACACGCACACACAUGGGCCAGUAUUGACAGAUAUCACAAAUCAAGCUGUGCAGCCUAGAGCAACAGAGCAUUUGAGUGAAGACUCUGCCAUUUCAUUAAGGAAUCUUAAGCCAAACCCAACAGUGAACCUCCGAACUGGAAAAGCAGAGUUUACUCAUCAUCCGGAGAAGGAAAAUGAAAGAGACAUUGCAGUUUUUCCCAGAACCUUGCAGCCUCCUGAGACUUUAAAUCAAAUGAAAAGCAUGAAUUCUGUGGGCACGUUCUUAGAUGUAAAGCGUCUCAGACAGCUACCUAAGUUAUUUUAACUCUUCACUUCUCUUUUGUGGUGUGAGGAGUAGGUGUGUACUGAUGGCACUUAUGGAAGCCAGACCUUUGGGAUUUGUUUGUUUUUCAAGACAGGGUUUCUCUGUGCAACCCUGGCUGUCCUGGAACUCACUCCAUAGACCAGGGUAGCCUUGAACUCACAGAGAUCCACCUACCUCUGUCUUCCAGGUGCUAAGUAGGAUUAAAGGCUUGCACCAUUGCCAAGCCAUGACCUUUGGGAUUUUAAUACCUUUCGGAGUCUUUUCCCUAUUAGUAGCUAAUUAACAUUGGCUGGGGUUGGGGGUGGUUGGCCCAGUUGUGAGAUGGCUUGUUAGUGAGUGGGAAGGUUGGGUUCAUUCUGCAUCACUGAACCUAAAACAAGCAAAACAACUCUAAGGUCAGGUACUGCAGCUAAUCAACUUCAGAUGAAUUUCCCCAAACCCCAGAACCUUGCAUGUGCUAAUGGGCUCUAUUACGAGCCUGACCACUGAGCUAUAUCCCCAACUGUAGAUUUUUAAAAGAAGGUCUCAGGUCAAUCUAGCCUAGGCUGGCUUCAGACAUAGAAUUCUGCCUCCUCAUCUGGCUCAGGUAUGCACUUUACCCUGUGUCUCCCAGAACCAGUUUUUUUACAUAAUCAUAGUUUGUUUCCAAACUAAGAACUUACAUUAAACACAGUACUGAAUAACCAGCAGAACUUUUCCUUGCCUUGGGUUGUUAUUUGGUGGGGUGAGACCAUGCUGGGGUGAACCAGGGACCUCACACAAAGUGCUGUAGCACUGAACUUUAUACCUCAGUCCGUGAGGGCUUGUGUGCACUCAUUGAUUCGCUUUUUUUGUGUAUUGAUGAAAUUACAUCACAUAGCUUCCACUAGCCUACGACAUGCCCUCCCUCCAUCCCUACCCUGAUAUCCCAUGGUCUUUUCACCAUCACCAGAAUGUUUUUAUCAUUUUAAAAAUGUUUCAUAAGCAGAAUUGUACUUUUAAAAACAAUUUUUAUUUAGCACUCUACCUUUUGAAAUGUACUGUCUUACUCCAAUAAUAUCCUGAGAUCUA